AAGCCCGGAAGCAGCUGCUAUGGCCUGCCUUUUAAUCGCGGAGUCUGAUAGAUCAGCAGCGUCUGAAGGUGUCGUUGGGACUUAGUCCCUUACACCGGGACCAGAACCCCUUCCUACAAUUGUCGAGGAUGGACAAGGAUGGCAGUCACAUGACUGAGAGGAUAUUACACCUCACACUGGAGAUCAUCUACUUGCUGACUGGAGAGGAUCACACAGUAGUGAAGAAGCAGUUCGGUGAUAACAUGACACCCUUCAGCCGGAGCCAUCCCCUUGUAUCAGGAGGACGGGUCAGAACCCAGAGCCCCAUCACGGAUCCCCCACCUCACUCACUGAUCCAUGAGAAAGACAAUGAGCAGAAGAUCCUGGAACUCACCAACAAGAUCAUUCAGCUGCUGACUGGAGAGGUUCCUAUAAGGUGUCAGGAUGUCACUGUCUAUCUCUCCAUGGAGGAGUGGGAGUAUGUAGAGGGACACAAGGAUCUGUACAAGGACGUCAUGAUGGAGAAUGACCGGCCCCUCACAUCACUGGGAGACAAGUCCUGCAUCCGUGCUCAGGACCCAGACCUGCCACAGCAACAAGAACACAAGGCCUCUCACUCUGAUGAGUCCAGUAACAGAUAUACGCCAGAGAGAUCCCAGGACUGUCCAGUGGUAAAACUCAAGUGCUCCCAGGAUUACCAGACAGCGGUAACUGAGGACACAAAACUGACAAUUGUGGGCGUUCUACCAGAGACUAGGAAUGGAGAAGACCUGGGUGCCCGGUGUAAACAGCCACAUGAGGCGAAGGAAGGAAAGAACAUGAAUUCUUCUGACAGACCAGACGUGGAAGCAGGUCAUGACAUCAUCAUUAAGCGUCAUGAGAAAGCCAGCAUAGCCUCAGAUAUUCAAACAGAAGUCCGCCAUGAUGACAUAUCGACGAAUUCUUUAAAAAAAGAUAAAACUAUUAAUAACAUCUCACGUUUUGGAACAGACAGUCGAAAUCCCACCAGCAAAAAUAAGCUAACGUGUUCGGAAUGUGACAAAGGUUUUUCCUGCAAAUCUCACCUUGUUUUACAUCAGAGAAGUCACACGGGUGAAAAACCAUUUACCUGCGCAGAAUGUGGCCAACGCUUUAUCAGCAAACCCAGGCUUAUCGCCCACCAGAGAAGUCACACCGGAGAAAAACCAUAUCCGUGUUCCGAGUGCGGAAAGGGUUUUUAUAGCAAUUCUCAUCUGGUCGUCCAUCGGCGAAUUCACAAAGGAGAGAAACCAUUUUCCUGCUCUGAGUGUGGUAAAACCUUUAACGACAGGUCGAAUUACAUCAGACACCAGAAAGUCCACACCGGAGAGAGGCAUUUUUCAUGUCCUGACUGCGGGAAAAGCUUUGCCCAAAACUGCCACCUGCUCGUACACCAAAAAAAACACACAGGGGGGAAACACUUUUCCUGUUCCAAAUGCAGAAGGUUUUUCCCAACGCGAGUAGGUCUCCACAGCCAUCUGAGGACCCACAACGACAAACUGUUUUCUUGCUCAGAGUGUAGUAAAACCUUUAUUAAUAUCGUCAGCUUCGCUAGACACAAGAGGAUGCACACCGGCGAAAACUUAUUGGCGUGCCCCGAGUGUGGAAAACGUUUUAUUAAUAAAUCUCACCUGGCAACACAUACCAGGACUCACACGGGAGAGAAGCCUUUUGCAUGUUCUGAUUGUGGGAAAAGUUUCAGCGAUAAAUCAGGCUUUAAUAGACACCGCAAGACUCACCAGUACCAGACACCAUUUAAUUGCUCAGAGUGUGGGAGGACGUUCAAGCGUAAAAUAAAUCUUCUUGCACAUCAGAGGAUUCACACAGGGAUUAAAGUGUUUUCAUGUGCUAAGUGUAAAAGAGACUUUGACAGUCAGUCAGACCUAGAGUCACACCGGAAAAGCCAUGAGGAAGAGAAGCCCCUACCGUGUACGCUGUGUGGAAAGACCUACGUCAGUAAAUUGCGCCUGCUCGCACAUCAGAGGCGACACACCAAGCGGUUUUCUUGCUCGCAAUGCGGGAAGUGUUUUAACGAAAAGUCAAGCUUUGUCAAGCAUCAGAGGAUUCACACGGGGGAGAAACCAUACGCAUGCUCGGACUGCGGGAAAACAUUUUCCGUCAAGUCAAACAUGAUCAGACACCUGAGAGUUCACACAGGAGAGAGGCCGUUCGCCUGCUCCGAGUGUGGGAAAACUUUUAGCGUGAAGCUGCGACUCGUCCGCCACCAGAAAAUCCACACUGGGGAGAUAUCGUUUCCGUGUUCCAAGUGCCCGGAAACUUUUAGCGAUAAAUCAAAUUUGGUUCGACACAGACGGACUCACAAAGUAGAUAAGCUGUUCGCGUGCUCUAAAUGUGAGAAAAGCUUUACGCGUCUCUCUCGACUGACGCGGCACCAGAGGACCCACACGCAGAUACAAGCAUUUCACUGUUCUGCCUGUGAAAAGAGUUUUACAAAUAAGGCAUAUUUAAAAAAACACAUGAAAAGCCAUGAUGAACAGAAAACCUCUGAGAUUACCAAUGUGGGGGUGCAGUAGGUGUACCCUCAAUGCUGAUUUAACCAUAUCUUAAGAGGCUUUUUUAUUUAUUGAUUUAUUUAUUUAUUGAUGUAUUUAUUAAUAUGCAGAAAAGGGGACGUCUCACCCCAAAGAUUGGCUGUGUUUUCUUAAUUAGAGACAAUUCAAAGAGAGGCUGGGAAGUGAACAUAGGAUAUUAAUCACUUCCUGGGUACUCCCUUCUCCCAUCAUGUCUCACAUCAGCACUUCCUAGGUCAGUGACCUAGAACACGAAGGUCUUUCCUCCUUGCAGCAUAUUGCUGGACCACUUCAGUACCCGAAGAUGACUCUUAGGUCCAGUGUAGCUGGAGCCCUUAUUGCUAAUGGGAUUAUGCUAGUUGCAGGUAGUAUUUCAUUAUCAGUCCUGGAAGAGUAGACGGGGCGCAAACCUAAUGCGGUUUGUCUGGGAUCUAUUCUUUCUUUACAUACAUGAUCUGCUUGUGCUAGGCUUUGUGACCAGCAAUGACAUCAUGCAACGUGUGACAUGUUGGCCGCCGGUGGUGAGUCGGUGUAAUUGCAGCCUGUUUCUAUGUGUUUAGCCUCACCUGUUUGAUAGUUGAUCAUUAUGUGGGGAGUCUCUGUACUACUAUCUGGCUCUUGUCUGUGUUAGACUCACCUGCAGGUGUUUGUGCAAUUACCUUGUGCCUGGCUUCCAGCCAUCCUGAUUGGGCCGUGUUCCCUUAUUACCCAGCUAGCUUUGCAGUUCUGGGCUGGUGAUAGGCGUUCUGUUAAGAUACCUGUAUGUUCCUGAAUAGAGUCUUGUCCAGUAUUGCAUCUGUGUCCAGGCCCUGUCUGAUACUGGAAUCCUGUGUACUCGGCUCUGGCAGAGUCCAGAGCUUCCUAUGAGCUGUUCCUGUCCUGGUGUGUUCCUGUGAUCCAGUAGCCCUGAGUCCUGGUGUCCGGAGCCUGUUAAAGAUAUCUGUCUGGCUUUCCUGUUAUGUGAGCCUGUGUCUGCAGCUUUGGGGGUCCUUGUCCGUCCGCCUGUAUUCACACCGGUUUCGUGAGUAGCGGCUCUGCCGUACCUUAUGACCUUGGCCGUAUCUGUCCGUUAUAUUUGCUUUGGAUUUUCUGCAGAGGGUUCUGCGUAUACUGUCAUCGCCGGUACACAGUAGUAUUGUGUCGGCGUGUGGACAGCAUUUCCUUUGUUGUAGUUUGUCCUGGCGGCUGAGCCGCACAUAUUGUUGUUUGAGUUCUGUAGUUGCCCCUAACUCGGGUUUCUGUUUAGUUAGAGGUUCCCUUUGUUAUUGCCCCAUCUCAGUUUACGCCUUGUCUCCAACUAAGACCGGGGGGCAUCGGAGUUGGGCAGACAUAAUCCGCCCUUCAAACGCGGCUGCCAUGGGCCCAAGCAAACAUAGUCUCGCAGGCGUAGACUGACCACGAGGGUGAGACAACGGAGUCAGGGCUCCUUAGGGGUUGCUGCGGAGCUCCGCUUCCACUGCAGCAUUAUGUUCCUGGUACUUGGGGCUCAUCCGCCCAGUUCCAGGAGUACCAAGUACAGUGAACGUAACACAGCGUGUGUUGUGUGACAUGAAAAGCAAUUAACAACAUUCAGAGAUAAGUAUUUAUGUACAUAUUUAUUUGUAUAAGAUAGAAAUCACAAACCUCACAAUCCUGGUGAUACACAGUAUAUACUGAUCCAUAAAUUCAGAUGGACAAAUCUGGCAGUCCCUUAUAGAACAUGUACGGUUAUCUAAAUGUAUGGUGCAGUAUAUGGUGCCAGGAUUGUGAGGUUUUCCAUGAGUAUCUAUUGGGGUAUGAGACUCAGGGUCGACACCUAGUGGUCGACAGGGGCUAGGUCGACGCUGCCAUUAGUUCGACAUGAAAAAAGGUCGACAUGAGUUUUUCAUGGGGUUUUUUGUGUCGUUUUCUUCGUAAAGUAACCUGGAACACCAAUUAGUGCACCGUGUGACCUCGCAUGGCUCGCUUCACUCGCCAUGCUUCGGGCAAGGUGCCUCACUCUGCUACCGCUGUACUCGGCACCGGUUACCGUUCCCAAUCGUAGUCCACAUGGAUCGUAAAGUAUGAAAAAGUUAAAAAAAUGAUUUUUUCUCUCUCUAAAAAACGCAUGUCGACCUUGUUCAUGUCGGCCUAACUGUCGUGUAGACCUAUUUCUAGUGUCGACAUAUUCACUGUCGACCAAUGGGUGUCGACCUAAGUGGUGUCGACCCAGAGUCCGGAUACCAUCUUUUGUGUUAUAUUAUAGUCUAUAUGAGAUAACCUUGGUACAGUUUAAGGGUGACUUUCUUUGUUACAUAUUUUUUAAUUAUGUCCAAAUACCCCUAAAUAAGCUAAUAGGUGGAGGACUAGUUAUCCCACACUGAUCAGUCAGAAUACCUGGAACCAUUUCCUGAGCUCUGCUGGAACUGUCCGUUAUAUUACACUGUGAUAACCUUUCAGGGACUUAUCUGGAAUGACGCUACGUACCCUGUUUUACUGUCUUCAGCCUCCCUUCGGACAGCAGAGGUACUGGUGACAUGCUUAAACACUAGCAUAAUAUUACAUUAUUAAUUAUUGCAUUACGUUGUUACAUUAUAAUUUAUUAUUUUAUUACUAAUAUAGGAAACUAUUUAUUGUACUUUUUACUUGAUACAUCUGUACCCACAAUGGGUCAGAUUAUUCCUAGCAUUAUUUUGUUGAGGCCUAAUUCAUGUUUUGUACGCAAUGCGAAGUGAUUAUAGGCAGCCGGCGCAUGUGCUGCGAUCUCCGUGCACAAAGAUGCUGCGUUCCCGCUGGCAAUGAGGAUUUCAUGGCAAAGUGAUUUAACAGGAAGUGACACUUUGGGGUGUUAACGGGCAAUGGUUGGAAAUACGCAGGCGUGUCAUGCCCAUUUUCCUGGCGUGUAUCUGUCAUCAGCUACGAGCUCGUACGUGCAACAACAUGGCGUUAGAGUUGCUACUGCUGUGUACAGUCUGCGUAGCCAUAGACCAACCCGUAACCUCGAGGUUCCUCGGUUUUCCACAUAGACUGUGAGUUUGCGAUAGCUCCGGACGGCGUCUCUUUUCAUUUCUAAGCAGCAGCAUUUGCUACCAUCAUCAGUUCCAACGCCUAAACAAAAAUUGCAAUUGCAUUUACGUACAAACAUGAAAUAGGCCCAGGGUGCCCUCUGAGUUUGUGAUAGGCUGAAGUCUCUAUAAUAGGGAUUCCCAACUACGGCCCUCAAGGCACACUAAGGGGUACAUUCUUUUAAGAUGGGAUGUUGCCCAUAGCAACCAAUCAGAUUCCAGGUAUUAUCUUCUAGAAGGUGCUAAAUAAAUGAGAAGUAGAAUCUGAUUGGUUGCUGUGGGCAACAUCCCAUCUUAAACAACUCCCAUUUUAGUAAAUGUACCCCUAAAAGCCAUAGCCAUACUUGAGCAAAGGUGACAUAAUUAGUACCUUUUUUUAUUUAACCAUCUGUGCUCAAGCACGGAUAUCAUUAUAACCUGGACUGUUAGUGUGUCUUGAGGACCGAGGUUGGGAAACGCUGCUCUAUGGAGUGUUUUGUGUAGAGCCUAAUUACCCAGUGUGGCUGUAGGAUUGGUGGCACUUUAAAGAGCAAGUAAACCCAAUAUAGGACACUACUAUAUGCCACGGGAGAAAAGCAGGGGAUACAGAGCACUGGCUAGGGGGAUGGGGGUGGCUCAGAGCCACUGCAGAGUACAGAAGGUCAAGAGUUGGACUUUGGAAUGUGCUAUUCCUUGGAAGAGCAGAAAAGUAAGGGUGGUGACCAUAACCAGAUAGAUAUUUGUGAUUUAGUGGGUGUGGUAAUAUGUAUUAUAGGUUGAGGUUACCCUCAGCAUGGUUAUGUGAAGGGGAGGGUGCAUAAUUUAGGGUGUGAGGAGCAGGUCAUUUAGGGUAGAGACUAAUAGUGACUAUGGGGUCUAUUCAUGAAGAAGUGAAAACAGUGGAGAAGUAAGCCUGUGGAGAAGUUGCCCAUGGCAACCAAUCAGCCGCUCAGUACAAUUGUAUAGUGUGCAAAUGAUAAAUGUUACUUCAAUGCUGAUUGGUUGCCAUGGGCAACUUCUCCACUGGCUCACUUCUCCACUCUUAUCACUGCUUCAUGAAUAGACCCCCUAUAUGUGUUUACAGUAUAAGUAGAGGAUGUGACCUAUAGCGUUAUGCAUGUCAGUGUAAAGGUCACUCCUCUCUAGUUUUCUUGGUGUUUCAGUAAUUAAUUAUGCUGCCUUUUUGUUUGUGAGAAGAUUAACUUAUUUCAGUAUGAAAUUUAAGUCACCACGGAGGUCCAUGACCUCCAUAUGUUUUGCUCAGCUUGUGGCUUCAGCCUGUGCGAGUUAAUAAACGUAUAAGGUGCAAGGGUUGCUACUAUACCUGCAUAGCAUCCUGUAAAUGCCUGGUUUGUAUGACUGCAGCUUGGCAUUGCUUAUAAAUGUGACUUGUGAUGACAGCACUUAACUGAACUUUUAGGUAUUUAUUUUUUCAAAGGGUGCUUUAAAGAGUUUGCUGUGGGCAUUGUGGCCCGAGAAUGUUGGGGAACCGCUGAUCUAAUUAGUUCUAAAACUGCCUAACUGGAUUUCCAAGUCACAGUGUGUUUGGGCGAAUGGUAGAGCUAGGGGGUCCUGAUACUGAGCCAUACCUAAUGCAGAUGCAUUACCGGGCGCCCGCUGCAGAUGGCAUGCUAAUGUGACCACACUGCCCCUCACCCCCGCUCUCGCUAGAUGCGGACGCCUUCGAACCUGCCUACAUCUUAGAAUAAGGACCCUGAUCUCUAAUUAUGUCUGUAAGUAAAGUCUCCGCUAGGAUCAGGAUGCCACUUACUGUAUGGAUUUUGUAUUGGCUCCGGGGAUUGAGGGGGGGAGGGGAGGGGUUAUUUCCUCUUUAAAUGGUUGUACGGUAAAAUGCUCCUUGUAAUAGAAGGAUCUGCACGUAUUUUAAUGUAACAUUUGAAUAUGGUUUUAUUUUUACGAUUGUUGGUCGGAUUCAGAGGUGGAUGCAAGGCCCGUCGCUGCUGUGUUCCCGUACGCAGCGGAUCUGAGAAGUUAUGUAAAUGUCAUAGCCGCCAUCUUAUGUGCAAACAAGUCAGACUUAACGUUGCUCAGAAUAUCUCUUUCAAAUAAGAUGCUGGGGUGUGAACCGCUGUGUAAGAAGACACAGUGACUCUCUGCGACCCACCCCUGUUACUUCCUCCCAGCGCUGUCUGUCAAUCACUCAGAGUCCUAAUCCACAGUAUGCCCGUCAACGCAAAUGACCAGUUGUGCAAAAAUGGAAACUGCGCCCACCUCUGACUCAGACCUUGGAGUAAAUUUACUAAGAUGAGAGUUCUGUUUAAGAUGGGAUGUUGCCCAACCAAUCAGAUUCCAGGUAUUAUCUUCUAGAAGGUGCUAGAUAAAUGAGAAGUAGAAUCUGAUUGGUUGCUAUGGGCAACAUCCCAUCUUAAAUAGAACUCCCAUCUUAGUAAAUUUACCCCCUUGUGUUCCCAAACACAUUUGUGGCUGUAAUUAUUUAUUUUUCACUAUGGGUGUUUUUAUGGUACUGACAUAGUAAUAGAGUAUUAGAACAGACUACCUCUGUGAUGAAAUGUAUUAAUGUCAUGGACAGCUCGGUGACCUGAAGUCCAGGAUCAGGCCACACGGCGACAUUGUUACAACAAUAAAAAUGCAAAAUCA